AUGUCUCUCUCUAAAGUCGCAUGGCUCAUCCUAGGCACAUCUGGUCUGGCCGCAGCUCAUGGGCACAUCGAUCGUAUCGACAUUGAUGGCAAGUCCUAUGGUGGAUUCCUGGUCGAUCAAUACCCUCAUGAACAAAACGUCCCUGAUCUCAUCGCGUGGUCAACUGCGGAUACUCAGGACGGCCCUGUUCAAACCUUUGACUACAACCAGCCGAAUAUUAUCUGCCACCAGGAUGCCAAGCCUGGUGCUCUCGCUGGCGAGGUGGCUGCUGGAGGCAAGGUGACGAUUCACUGGAACAAAUGGUUCGAAGAUCACCGCGGCCCGGUCAUCAGCUACCUUGCGAACUGCAAUGGGAGCUGCGCUUCUGUGAACAAGACCGAACUUGAGUUCUUCAAAAUUGAAGAGGCUGGUCUUCUCGACAACAGCAAGUCCCCCGGAAGAUGGGCCAGCGAUGAGCUCAUGGCUGCCAACAAUACUUGGACGGUUAACAUCCCUUCCGACAUUGCAGCAGGCAAUUAUGUUCUUCGUCAUGAGAUCAUUGCACUGCACCUCGCAAAGGUAGACAAUGGUGCGCAAGCUUACCCGCAAUGCCUCAACUUGAAGGUGACAGGUGGUGGCACUGCUACACCGAAAGGCAUUCCUGCCACCCAGUUCUACACACCAACCGAUCCCGGCAUCCUAAUUGAUAUCUUCAACAAUCUUGCCACUUAUGUGAUUCCAGGCCCAGCCCUCUACAAGGGCAGGGAUGCAGCACCUCCGACUAUUGCCGUCCACCCCACCGGAGCGUCUUCCACCGCGUUGUCUUCCUCCCCAGCCUGGACGACCCCCUAUGCAGCGCCUCAGGGUUGUGGAUAUGGUCCCUACGAGAACUCUUCUCAAAUCACACCUACACCUGUAGCGAAUGACGCUGAACAGAAUGGUCAAGAUUAUUGA